AUGAGUGAAGCUGGGCUGCAGGCCCUGAUAGUGGGUCUGUGGUCUCCAGAGCAACAGGAACUGAGCAGCUUUGAAACUCCAGCUGCCGAUGGGUUUGAUGUGAAGUCUGCUCUGAAACCAGGACAUUUGAUUUUCCAAUCAGCCCUGAGUGCUGAUCAGACUCGUGCCUGGAGGAGGCGAGUGCAGGGCCCCAAGCCCUGGGAAAUGGGGCCUGGGACUCAUAGCCAAAGCAGCUGGGCAGCAAGGCGGCUGGACCCCGUGUCCUGGAGACUGCUGCUGGUCAGGGUCACGCUGCGGCCAGGAGGAGCAAGGCUGGCAGCAGCCCUGUGUGGCCAUUUCCACCUGGCUUUGGGUUUCCUGUUUGUCCUCACAAGUGAAACAAAUCCACCCAUGGCCGCAGCUGUGGUGUCUUAUUUUAAUGAAUGUCCGGAUUCCCACAGUCAGUUCUGCUUCCAUGGAACCUGCAGGUUUUUGGUGCAGGAGGACAAGCCAGCAUGUGUCUGCCAUUCUGGGUACAUUGGAGCACGCUGUGAGCACGCAGACCUCCUGGCCGUGGUGGCCGCCAGCCAGAAGAAACAGGCCAUCACUGCCUUAGUGGUGGUUUCCAUCGUGGCCUUGGCCGGCCUCAUCAUCACGUGUGUGCUGAUACACUGCUGCCAGGUCCGAAAACACUGUGAGUGGUGCCGGGCCCUCAUCUGCCGGCACGAGAAGCCCAGUGCCCUCCUGAAAGGAAGGGCCGCUUGCUGCCACUCGGAAACAGUGGUCUGAAGAGCCCAGAGGAGGAGUUCAGCCAGA